AUGAAGGUAGAUGAACUUAUUAUCGACGGUUUCAAGUCGUAUGCGACCAGAACAGUUAUAUCAGAUUGGGAUCCACAAUUCAACGCUAUAACAGGUCUCAAUGGGUCUGGGAAAUCCAACAUUCUGGAUUCGAUAUGCUUCGUGCUGGGAAUUUCAUCAAUGGCAACAGUCAGGGCGUCAAACUUGCAAGAUCUGAUCUACAAGAGGGGCCAAGCCGGUGUCACGAAAGCCAGUGUUACACUAGUCUUCGACAACACCGACAAAAAGAAUUCUCCCAUUGGAUUUGAGACGUAUGCACAAAUUUCCGUUACUCGGCAAAUCGUUCUAGGAGGAACCAGCAAAUAUUUGAUCAAUGGUCAUCGUGCUCAACAGCAAACCGUUUUGCAUCUAUUCCAGUCAGUACAGCUGAAUAUCAACAAUCCAAACUUUUUGAUCAUGCAGGGCAAAAUUACCAAAGUCUUGAACAUGAAGCCGACGGAAAUAUUAUCUCUCAUCGAGGAAGCCGCUGGUACCAAAAUGUUCGAAGAUCGCAGAGAAAAAGCAGAAAGAACCAUGGCUAAGAAAGAGACCAAACUACAGGAAAUACGAACAUUGCUUAUCGAAGAAAUUAAGCCAAAGCUCGACAAACUCAGAAAUGAAAAGCGUACUUUUUUAGAGUUCCAGGAUAUUCAAUCAGAUCUCGAAAACACUUCCAAGAUCGUCAAUGCCUUCGCGUACCGCUCCCUUCUUCACAGCCGUAAAAAUACAGAAGAGUUACAGAAAUCAGGUCAGACUCGAAUUGAUCAACUUCGCUCCUCCAUAGAGAAAUUGCAAACCGAAAUGAAGAGUAUCGAGGAAGACCUGAAUGUCAUACGGGAUCAAAAGAGGGAAGAAGUGAAAAAAGAUGGUACAUUGCGGCAGCUCGAAACUCAUGAGAGUAAGCUGAAUAAUGACUUAUCUCGUCUCAAGACCUCUUUGAACAUUACUGCUGAUAACAUCACUGAGGAAUCGGGAAAAUCUCAAACUCUCAAAAUGGAAAUUUCCAAGUAUGAGGACCUGCUGAACUCGAAGAGUGCAUCGUUCGGAAGCAUUGAAGCUGAAUACAGCUCCUUGAUUGAAGUGGUCGAAAACUCUAAGAGGUCCUUACAAUCAAAAGAAGACCUCUUAUCAACCCUAACUACUGGUAUCUCGUCCACAGGUGCAACCAGUAGCGGCUACCAGGCUCAGUUGAAUGACGUUGAGAAACAGCUCAGUGAUGCGAAAAUCAAAGUUCAGAGAUAUGAUAUGAAGAUUGAUCUUCUCAAGAAGGAACUGAGUGAGAAUGAACCUAAAUUGUUGAAGGCAAAGAAAUCAGGCGCACAGGCCAAGAAUGAUUUGGAAUUGUGCCAAUCAAAGUGCUCAGAGUUGAAUUCAAAACUUCAGAAAUUAGGGUUUGACCCCAAUCAUUUCAAGGAGCUGAAAGAGCAGGAGGUCAAAAUAAAAAAUCAGCUGUAUAACAUCUCAAAUGAGAUGGAAGUUUUGAAACGCAAGGUGGCAAACAUUGAGUUUGCUUACAGCAAACCUUCUCCGGACUUUGAAUCAAAGUCUGUAAAGGGUGUUGCCGCCCAGUUGUUCUCUUUGGAUGAGAAACAUUUCGCCAGUGCAACGGCUUUACAAGUUUGUGCCGGCGGAAGACUUUUCAAUGUCGUUGUUGACAACGAAAAAACAGCGUCUCAGUUACUAGAAAAAGGUAGACUGCGGAAGAGAGUUACAAUUAUUCCUUUGAACAAAAUAUCAGCAAGAACGCUGCAUCAGAAGGCCGUCAGUGUUGCUAAGGAGCUGUCACCCGGUAAUGUCGACUUAGCUCUCAAUUUGAUAGGAUAUGAAGACGAGGUAUCAAGUGCCAUGAAGUUCAUUUUCGGAUCAAGUUUGAUCUGUAAAGAUGCGGAGAGCGCACAGAAGGUCACAUUCCAUCCCCAAGUCAGAGCCAGAAGCAUCACGUUGCAGGGUGACAUAUAUGAUCCUGAGGGAACAUUGUCAGGUGGAAGCCGUAAUACAAACAAUUCGAUUCUCAUCGAUAUCCAGAAGUACAAUAGAUUCUCCAAAAUGGCAUUGAGCUUAGAGAACGAUCUUGCAGAUCUCGGAAAACAGAUCAAGCACUACCAUGAUAUCUCUAGUACCACAAAAAAUAUCCAACAUGAUCUCAAUCUCGCUUCCCACAAGCUUCAGCUGGCCCAGCGGAACUUCGACAACAAUCCCGCCAUUCAGUUAAAUUUUAGGAUUGAGGAAAUCAAUGCGGAGAUACUAGAAUGUCAACAAAUGAGGCAAGACGCCUUUGCUCAAAUCAGUCAAAUAGAGAAAGAACACAUGAGAAUUCAGAAGGAUAUGGAGGAGUUCAGCAGGGACAAAGGGUCCAAGCUAGAAGAACUAAGGAAGGAAGUAGAAUUACUGAGGACGGAAAUUGAGGGCCAUCAAGAACGUUUGGAGAAGAGUGAGGAUGUAAACCAAUCACUUCAAGUAGAAAUUGACCAACUGAAGUCUGACAUUUCCACUGCUAAAUCAGGAGUUUUGGAGUCAGAUCGAAAUUCAAAAGAGUUGCAUGCUGAGCAGGGUACUUUCAAACAUGAACUGGAAGCAGUAUCAUCAGAGCUGAAGCGAACGCAAGAAAAGAUCUCUGAUGAGAAGAAACGACUUUACGAAAUAGAUGAGGAAUUGCGGGUCCUAUCCAACCUUCACAAAACAAAAGAUGGGCAGUCCAAAAACGAAGGCAUUGAGCUAAAAAAACUACUGAAUGAGCUCAGUAAGUUGGAAAGCAACACAUCAUCUGUUGAAGAAAGUAUUAAAAAUCUCAUCAAAGAGGAAGUGUGGCUCAAAGACGAGGGUUUGGUCUCCAGCAUCCUUAGCCAAAACAAUGGAAUAAACAUUCAAGCUUACCGACAGCGGGCGGAACAGCUUGCCGAAAAAUUCGAUGGUAUGAAGCGCAAAGUGAAUCCGAAUAUCAUGAGCAUGAUCGAAAAUGUCGAAAAGAAGGAGUCUGCUCUGAAGACGAUGAUCACCACGAUAGAAAAGGAUAAAACUAAAAUUCAAGAAACGAUCACGAAGCUUAACGAGUAUAAGAGGGAAACGCUGAUCAAAACAUGGGAAAAGGUUACGGUUGACUUUGGUCAUGUUUUCGGAGAAUUGCUUCCAAAUUCUUUCGCCAAGCUUGUCCCACUGGAGGGAAAAGAUGUGACUGAGGGCCUUGAGGUAAAAAUUAGGCUUGGCACCAUUUGGAAAGAAAGUUUGGUUGAGCUGUCAGGAGGGCAAAGAUCCCUCAUUGCACUGUCUCUCAUACUGGCGUUACUGCAGUUCAAACCCGCUCCCAUGUACAUUCUAGAUGAAGUUGAUGCAGCUCUUGAUUUGAGUCAUACGCAGAACAUUGGUCAUCUCAUCAGAACAAGGUUCAAAGGCUCCCAAUUUAUUGUGGUGUCGCUAAAGGAGGGGAUGUUCAACAACGCAAACAGAGUCUUCCGGACUAGGUUUCAAGAUGGCACCUCUGUUGUCAGCGCUAUGUAG